AUGCAUUUGAUGUAUGUCCCCGCCAAGGAUGCCAACGGCAAGCCUCUCGCGCGCCAGUACACCCUCAAGAAGGUCCUCGAUGGCGCCGUCACCAAGAGCGCCCACCCCGCUCGCUUCUCUCCCGAUGACAAGUGGUCUCGUCACCGUAUCACCCUCCGCAGACGUUUUGCGGUCCUUCUUGCCCAGAAGGCCCUCAACUAG